GUGCAAGGGUGUAUCAAGAAGCUUUGCUGGGAUUAUACCAUCUGUUGUAGCAAUUCACUUCUACAUGUUUUGUCCACAGAGAAGCUAUCCUGGGAAUCACAAGCACCAGCCACUUUACCUUUUCUUUCCUUGCUGUGUGGGGCUCAGCUAAAGUCAGCACACAGGAGAGUGGUGAGGCCAUUUGAGACCAAGCCUGGUCCUCAGGACUACGCUCUCCCUGCCACCAGGCGGCCUGCCCCAGCCCUGCUCAGCCACAUCCACACUCCUCUGAUAGAAUGAAUGCCCUCGAUGGCGUCCCCUUCAAGGUGCCCAAUGGCUUUGUGACAGGCACAGAGCCCCUUCCUGGGCUAGAGUUCAGCAUCCCAGCUUGCAGGGAGCUUCUGCUGGGCUCUAUGCACGAUUUCAGCCUGGAGAGGAAGGCGCUCUUCUGGGUGGAGGCUGUCCUCCGGGGACCCUGCCCGGUCCAGUGCGACGCCCCGGGAACGGCGUCAGCCCCUCCCGCCUGGCUCUUGCUGGUCAGCCCGGACCUGGUGCCCGCACCUGCCGCAGACACAGGCCCCGAGGCCGGGCCCCCGGCGCGGCUGGACGAGGAGGACGACGGCCAGGAGGAGGAGGACGAGGACGAGCACGAGGACGAGGAGGAGGACCAGGGCGAGGAGGAGGAGCAGGGCGAGGACCGCGACCAGGAGGAAGCCGCCUCUGCCGAGGAGGAGGAGCCGGGGCCCCGCAGCCUCCCGCCCGGCUCCCCCGCGAGCCCCGGCCCCGGCCCCGCCCGCUACUCGCUGGACGUGCUGCGCGGCGUGAGGUCGGAGCUGGCCGGGGCGCGGCGGCGGCUCUCCGAGGGCAGGUUGGCCGCCCGGCCCCGCGCGCUCCUGCACCGCCUCCGCCAGCGCGCGCUGAGCCUCUGCCCCGCGCCCGCGCCCGCGCCCCCGCCCGCGCCCGCGCCCCCCAGCGCCCCGGCGCCGCCCCGGCGGCCCUCCACGGCCGGAGCCAUGCCCCCGCUGCGGAGCCACAAGCCCACGGUCGCGUCCCUCAGCCCGUACACCUGCCUGCCACCUCUUGGUGGGGUGCCUCAGCGUCCUAGUGCCUGCAGAUCACACCCUGCUUCUGCUGACCUGCUGUCUGCCCUGAGCCAGGAGGAGCAGGACCUCAUUGGGCCAGUGGUUGCCCUAGGGUAUCCUCUGCAUAGGGCCAUUGGGGCUCUGCAGAAGACAGGGCGGCAGAGCCUGAGCCAGUUUCUCAGCUACCUUAGUGCCUGCGACCGGCUGCUGCGGCAAGGCUAUGAGGAGGGGCUGGUGGAGGAGGCCAUGGAAAUGUUCCAGUUCUCUGAGAGCCAGGCAGGGGAGUUCCUGCGCCUCUGGGAACAGUUCAGCGACAUGGGCUUCCAGCAGGACCGGAUCAAGGAAGUGCUGCUGGUCCACGGCAAUCGCAGUGAGCAAGCCCUGGAGGAGCUGGUAGCCUGUGCCCAGUGAUGGCUGGUGCAUUCCACAAUGCCUGUGCAUCCCCGUCCCGCACCAGACCUGGAAAUCCAUUCUAACUGUAUUAUUAAGACUACGCAAGAGGGGUGCCCAGCUGGCUCAGUUGGAGGAGGAGCAUGUGGCUCUUGAACUCAGGGUUGUGAAUUUGAGCCCCACGUUGGGUGUAGAGAUUACUUUAAAAAAUAAUAAACUUAAAAAGAUUAUAUAAGAGUAACAGUGAUGCAUGCUCUUUAUAAAAAUGCAAAUAAUCCCAAAGGUAGAGGUAAAUACUGUAGGGGAGGCAAAACUUUACCCAUUUUUGGUUUUCAGCUGGGGCACCUCAAGGAAAAGACAGAUUAAGAAGAGUAAAACUGAUUAAUGCAUGUAGCACACAUCGUGUGGGAGAAACCUCAAUGAAAAGCAACUCAAAGCAGCAGUUAGAACUCUGGCUUAUAUAGCAUCUUCAACAAAGAGCAGUGGAUAUGUAGAGAAAUGACAGAAUAAAGGAAACCAGUUUCGGGCUUCCAGGGAUGGCACGCUGUUGGGUGAGCAGGGUGGUGUAAAUAUGAGGAAGCAGCAAACUGAGUAGGUUUGUUUGCAGAUUCCCCUGGAGCUUGUCUGGGCUGAUAAGAAUCUGUCUCCAGAAAAGGAGAAUUUAUACCUGUAGGCAAAAAGUGGGGCUAGGGUGGAGGGAGCUUUUUUUUCUGCAUUUGUUGCUUCUUAAUUACCUUCUACUUAAAAUAAUUUUUAUGUCAAAGAGACAUAUUUUGGGGUGACAUUCUGGUCUCUUUCAGUACUAAAACAAUCGGCUGAAAGAGUUGAAAGUGGUUGCCUCUGGGGAAGAGCAGAUGGAGAGCAUGGACAAGGAACUGUGUUUUUUCCUACAAGCCUUGUAAAACUACCUGUCUUUAAACUAUACACACACACAAAAAAAAUAAAAAUAAAAAAAUAAACUAUA